AUGAUUCCCAUCGAUGACUGCGAACAGCAAAUGAAAGAUCAAGAAUAUUUAACAGAAACCAGAACAAACAUGCCAGCAAGAACAAUUGACAGAUUUAUCCCACAAUGGAAAUGGACAUCUACUAUAAUUUAUGUGCUUCUGGCCAUUUCUUACCUGCUGAUCAUCAUAUUGUUCGGGCUUGUGGCAUCCCAGGGAAGGAGCAAGUGGGACCAACAUCUAGAAAACCUGUACCCAUGUGGAGCCAAAAGCAGAGAAUGGAAACAUUUUGAUGGUGCAUGUUACUUCUUCUCUGUCACACAAGUUAUUUGGCACACAGCAAAGAGUAAGUGUGAAGAAGAGAAUUCAGAAUUGGUAGUCAUUACCAAUCAGUAUGAACAGAAUUUUCUUGAGACUGAAACCAGGAGUCAGCGCUUCUGGAUUGGACUCAGUGAUCACAAUACUGAAGGGCAAUGGAGAUGGGUUGAUAACACAGACUACAGAACCAGCUUCAAGAAUUGGUUAGAAGGUGAACCCAAUGACAACAGCAAUAAUGAAGACUGCGGCGAGCUAUAUGAGGCUGGAAAAUGGAACGAUGUAUCCUGUAAUACGAAAAAAUUUUAUGUGUGCAAAAAACCUUUGCCUCCCUGAAAAAUCAUGGGCGAAAAAAAUUGAAGGAGAAGGAAAUCACCUACUUUGGAAUCCCAAUUAUUCUGGAUUGUGGAAUGAAACUGUAUAUUAACACACACAAAAAAAAGCCAGCCCAAUCAAUACCCUCUUAUAGGCAAAAAAAAAUAGAUCUUUAAAUUGGUUGGCAAAAAAACAAAAUUAUUUUCCAAUUUGAAAAAUAUUUGUCAAUGAGUUUGUUUCUAUUCUUAAGAAAGGCCUAUUCUAGAUCAAGAGUUGAGUUGUUGGAUUCCUAUAGGUGCUUCCAUCACCUGCCAUAUCAUGAAAACCCAUGUAUAUGUGGUGCCUCUACUAUCAAAUAUAUUGCCCAUGUUUUCUUGACUGUCAACUGUAUGCUUCUCUUAGGUGUAGAUAUUUAACAUCCCUUGUGGGCCACAGAGGAACAGAAACCAUGUGUCAUGAGAUUAUUUUUUUUUAGCAUUUUUACCCAGCUUGAAAAUAGUUAACAAAAGGACAGGGAGCCAACCCUCCAUAAUAAAAACUGUUUCAACGAAUAGCUCUGUUUGAUUAAUCAGAAUGCCCACCUCCAGGGAGACAUGGUCAAGCUCUAGUCUAAAUGGAGAACUGCCUUGGGUACAGAAGACGAUACCC